AUGGUUAGCUCGGGGUCUCCGUCUCCGCUUCAUGCUCGUACCACAACUCCAACGCCGUCACCAACAUCAUCGUCGACUACUGCUCCGUACAAGUCCAAGUCCAAGACAAAGCCAAAGUCCAAGAUCAAGUCAAAGUCGAAGAGCCGCAAGGCCAAGAUCAAGACCAAGUCAAUUGGCAGCAAGGCCAAGCUCAAGAAGGCCCAGUCUAUGGCCAAGGUCAAGGGCAACGCUAAGGACGUCGUCAGCCUCAGCCCCAGCCCCAGCCCCAGCCCCAGCCCCAGCUCAGAUGCCCGUCGGCACCGCAAGUUGAAGGCCAAGGUCAAGCAGCAGUCGCCAGAGUCGCCAGCCACGGUCGAGUCGCUUGUGGCGGACUCGUCGCCCACUCCCGACUCAUCUAUGCUGUUGCUGGACGUUGACCGUCGUGCCCCGGUAGGGGACUCGUGGUCACCGCGCACAGAGAGCGAUGUCGAUGCGGAUGAGUCGGCGUGUUAUGACGACGACGACGACGACGACGACGAGCUGGCUGAUGCUAAUGAUGAUGAUGGCGACGACGACGUGCGUUCGCGAUUCAAACCCGCCUCGCUUGUUGGCGACGAUCCCGAUGACGAGUACGACGAGACCAUGUCAUCAUUCCAGGCCAAGGCCAAGACUAAGGCCAAGACCAAGCCCAAGCCCAAAGCCAAGACCAAGACCAAGACCAAGACCAAGACCAAGGCCAAGACCAAGCCCGAGCUCAAGACCAAGACCAAGGCCAAAGCUAAGACCAAGGCCAAGACCAAGACCAAGACCAAGACCAGCCCCAGCGCGCAGUACUUUGAGCUCGACGACGAGUACGGUGACGACGACACGCUCUCAUCAUCGUUCUCGUUCAAGGCGCGCACACGAUCCAAGGCCAAGGUCAAGGCCAAGGCCAAAGCCAAGACCAAGGCCAAGGCCAAGACCCAGUCGUCGGACCACCUGCGGAUCACCACCCGCUCGCCAGGCAGGCGUCGGGGCCGGUCGCGACGGAGCGUGGAGGCCUCGGCCUCAGGCUACGACAUGUCGGCGACGUACGAGGACGAGAACGAAGCGCUGGCUCGGGCCAAGACCACUGAGGUCACCCGGUCGGGCUCGCUCACCAACGUAGCAGGCGCGUCAUCACCGCCGUCGUCGCCGCCAUCGACACGGUCGCGGUCGCCGGCGUGGCAGGCCUCGGUCUCAUACUACUCGCUCACGACCGAGACUGACUCGAGUGGCACCACCACAAGCUCAGCCUCGCAGUCGUGCUCUGACUCGUCGUCGGGCCACAGGCACGUGCACCCGCUCGAGAUGGUCGGCGGCGUCUCGGGCUCGUCGUCGACCAUCACGCUGUCGUCGACCUCGUUUGCAUCGUUCUCGUCGACACUUACACCCGUCACGGGCUCUGACGACGGCGCGUCGGCGUCGGCGUCGGCGUCGGCGUCGGCUUCGGGCCCGCACGCCUGGCGGAUCAUCAAGCAGGGCCUUCUCUCCAAGCGGUCCGGCUCGCGGAUUAAGACCUGGGCCAAGCGGUUCUUCCGCCUCCGCUCCGACGGCGUCUUUGAGUACGCGCGGCGGACAAGCGCCGACGCGCCCGACGACGCGUACGUCCCCAUUUCACUCGAGGAUGUCAUUGUCAUGCCGGCCACAAACAUGCGCAAGCGGUUCUGCUUCCAGAUUCAUUCGCCGCAGCGGCCAAACUACUACCUCCGCGCAGGCUCCAACACCGACAUGCUCGACUGGAUGCAAGCGCUCAAUGCCCACGUGGCUGCCACCCGCGACGCCCACGACUCCUUUCUCUACGUCGCCCGGACAAAUGAUCUCGACACCGCUGCCGUCGCCGCCACACGCAUUCAUCUGCAGGAGCGCCUCAAGACAUGGAUCCCGUCGUCGGCCACUCUUGAUCCUCCCCGCGGCCACUCGCCGACAUGCUCGCUCUCGCGCGAGUCCUCGGCCCAGCCAACACCGCGCGGCUCCGACGCCGAAGACAAUGCCGAAGAGCCCGACUUCGUCACGCUCACGCCGUCGCCGGCCCCGCGCGUCGCCAUCCCGUCAUCGCCUAGCUUCUCUCCAGCCGUCUCGCCGGCCGGUCCGGUUCCGCCUGCCCGCUCUCUCUCGCCGCCGCCUGCCAGGCCCUCGCGCCGUGUUCACUGGGAGCAGCUCUCGUCGUCAGCCUCGCACGGAUCCGGCGCCGGCGACGCUGGCUCGCCGCGAGCGCAGGCUCUUGGCACUGGCAGCGGCAGCCUAGUUGAAGCGCCUGUCAGCUCGGACGGCGUUGCACUUACAGGUGCAAGUGCUCAGGACGCGCCGUCGCCCGAAGCCGUGGUCCGGUUCAAGGCCGACAUCAUGCAUGCGAGCGGGCGACGGCUCGAGUCGCCGCCGCCGUCGCCGCCGCUUGCCUCUCCGCGGGAUGAUGGCGGCGGCCGCGGCUCUGACUCGGACUCCAACUCGGAAGUGUGCUCAGGCUCAGGCUCAGGCUCAGGCUCGGGCUCGGGCCUGGGCUCGGGCAACUCUGACGACGACGCUAAGAUCUCCUGCGAGACCUCACGCGCUGGUGUGGCCUCUCGAAGCAUCAGUGGGGUGGCGGCAGCCCGUGCGGCUCGGCGGGCGCGGCGCAAGGCGCGGCGGCGGGCAGCAGCGCCGGUCAGCCUCGCUGUUUACGCGAUGGAAGAGUCGGAUACCCAGCUGGCGAUUGCGUACGUGGCCGGCGAGCAGAUGGCUCGGAUGCUCAAGGUGGAGCAAAAGCUGCUAUUUUGCAAGUGGGUCUCGCUCCUCGACGCCAACUCGCAGGCCGCCGGCGGCGCGGUUGCCGUCCUCUUUGAGUUUGUGCUCUUUGUGGUCCAGCCGUCGCUGCCCCAGCUUGGCGCUGACCCCGUCGUCCUGCACAAGAUCCCACUCUACGCACUCUCGCACAUCCAGUCGCACAAUCCCGACGAUAUCCGGCUUCUCUGGCUGCAGGCGCAGCACUCUGUGGUCUUUGCCUCGCAUCCUGCGCGGAUCCGUGAGUUUCUACAGGCGCUGCUCACGGCGCUCCGCGCGGUGACGCUGGGCUGGCCGGCCGAGUACACGGUCGACAUCAAUGUGCGGCGACUGCUUCCGCCGCUGGAUCCGCUACCGCUGCCGGCGCGGCAUUGCGGAGGGUUUGUGGCGGCGUACCGCGCGUUCUGUGUUCUCUAUGACGUCGAGAUCUGCCCUGCGGUGGUGAACCACAUCCAGUCGCUCGACGACGGCAUCGAGCGCGAGUUUGACGUUCACAUGCUCGCACUCUCGGCCAACCUGCGAUCGGGCGCGCCGCUGCACAUGCCGACGACCGGCCCGCUGCUCUCGGCGCUCACACACUCGGCUUACUUUACGCACCUCUCACUCCACGGCAUUUCGUGCAAGUCUGUGGUCCCGCAGCUUGCGCAGCUCCUCGCCCACAACCUCCACCUCACUCACUUUGAUCUGGCCGAGCUCGGGCUGCCGUCAUCAUCGACGGCGUGGCGGACGCUGCUCACUGGCCUCCGCGACGCCAUGCCACGGGUUCGAGUCCUCUCCCUGGCGGGCAACCCGCUGCCAGACAAGGUGCUUUCCGAGCUCGGGACCGUCCUGGGCGCGGGCACCUCGCUGGUCGGGCUGGAUCUUUCUGCGGCGCUGCCGUCGUCACGAACCGGCGUCUCGACGCUUCUUACCGCGCUGGUGGCGAAGCGGCUCGAGCUGGCGGACCUCGACUGGGAGACGCUUGAGGAUGCAGCAGCGGCGUCGGCGGCGGCCGGCUUGGGCGCUGAAGGCAGCGGCGGGCCGCCGACAGCGGCGGCAGCGCCCGAUGCUGGGCCGUCGACAGGUGAGCCGCCGACUGACGACUACUCGGCAUCGCCGUCGUCGGCGUCGGCGGCGCUGCCAGGUGGCGGCGCGACGCCGAGCGUGUUUGCUGGACCGGGCUCGCGGCUGGCUCACAGCUCGAGCCUCUCGAACCUGCCGUUUGAGGAGGGCUCGGUCGGCGACGGAGAGUUUGUACUCGACUCAUCGGCGUCGGACGCGAGCCUGGGCUCGGAGAGCGAGUCGUGUGACGGGUGCGAACGGUGCGAAGCGAGCGGCUACCCUCGGCCGGCUGCGCCGCUGGCGGCUCUGGACGGGCGGGUGGUAUGGACGCUGCGGACGCUCAACCUCGCAUCAAACAAGCUGUCGUCGUCGUCGGCGGCGCGAGCGCUGUGGAACGUGGUGAGCCUCGCGCCGUCCCUGACUCGGCUUGACCUCUCGCACACUGGCAUUGACUGUGGAGUGCUGGCCAAGACGGUGCAGCUCGCGCCGUCACUGCAGAGUCUGGGACUGGCUGGCAACACGCUCGACAAGCGAGCGUUGCCGGCGCUUCGGGCGGCGGUGGUCACCUCGCCGGUCCACGAGGUCUCGCUGGCUGGAGUCCGGGUCGGGCGCGAGGGGCUCGUCUCGCUCUUGGCCUGUCUCCUCAACGAUCGGUCGAAGCCGUCGGUCGACGUCGACGUCUCUAACUUUGACUACGGCCUGCGCGGCGAGCAGCUUCUCCUCGCGGCGCUGGCGGACUCGAAGAACCUGACAGCGCUGACGAUGGAGGGCAUCACGCUCAAGACCAAGAACAACGACGGAGUGUGCGAGCUGCUGCUUGGCCUGUGCAAAGUGGACACACUGCAGGAGCUGCGGUUUGGAAGAAACCUCAAGCACCGCGGAAAGCACACAGACCUGGCCAUGUCGCUGCUUGUGGCACUGACAACCUCGCCCGGCUCAACGCUGCACACGCUCUCGCUCGCGGGCUCGGCCGACCGCAAACGCUACCUCGGCUCGUCGCUGGAACCGCUGCUGCUGGCGCUCAAGCGGGCGCCGGCGCUCACCGAGCUCGACAUUUCCCACAACCGCUGCUCGUCGACGCUGAGUCUGCUGGCGGCGACGCUGAAAGACGCCGGGCCGACUGGACCGAUGCUGCGGAUUCUUCGGACCGACGGCAACGAGGUGACGCUCGACGGCCUGGUUGCGUUUGCCAAGACCAUCGGCGACAGCGCGUCGGGUCUGGCGGCGCUAGUCGACUUUCCACCGCCGCGGUCGGACAUUGCGGCGCUCAUCAAGCACACGCCGAAGGAGCACCGUGUCGAGGUCCGCGACACACUCGCGUCGCUGCUAGUCGAGGUCGACCACGCACUGCAGGACCACGCGGCGGCAGAGCGGGUCAAGCAGCGGCAGGCCAGCGCCGGCGGCGGCAGCGGCGGCAGCAGCAGCUUGGAGCUACCUUCACCGGCGACAACGCCGUCAGCAUCAGAGACGACAGGCUUGCCGAUGCUCGAGGUCCAUGUGGUGCGCGACGUGUCGAACGCAUCGCUCUCCGAGUCGCUGCCGACGCCGACGACGCCGGGCGCACCGACACCGCGGCAGCGGCUGCGGUCGAUGUCGUGCGAGUGGGGCUCGGCCAUCGAGUCGCUUGGGACGCUCGACUCGGACGAUGACUACGUGUACUUGGCCGCCCUUGUCGAUGAUCCGGACGAGCUGCGUGUGACCGGCCCGCGGUCGGGCGCGUUCACGCCGACCUUUAUCUACGACGCUCGGUUCCGGUCCUCGGCCGAGUCGCUGGCCAUCUCGGCCGACUCGAUGAACUUUGCCGACGAGGCUUCGUCCGACACCGGGCACCUUGCUAAGUUUGAUGCAAUCGCCCAGUCACCGGUGCCAGCGAUGGGCUCGCCUUCGUCAGCCUCGAUCGUGAGUGUGUCGUCCGACGGCGGGAACAACAACGUGUGGGGCUCGUCGGUCGAGACCGAGACCGAGAGCGACGAUGAUGAUGAGUGACGAUGUUCAUUGAAAGCAAAACGUUGCA